AUGUCUUCACGGCCACGGCGUUCUGCCGCCGCAAAGGCGAAGGAAGUCAUUUCUGUCCACGCCAGAUGGGCUGACAUGAGCGAAAAGGAAGACACAGGUACUAGCAUGUCAUCACGACGGACAGGACGGGGCGCUGCCUCGCGCGAUACGGCCUCAUCGCCAGAAGAGACCCAUUCCAGCGUUACAGUCAAGCUCCCCACUAGUAAACCACGGCAAAGCACCCGAGGAGGCAAUCGCCGGGGGACCGAUGCCUUUGAGGGCGGCGAAAUUGUGCUCGGAAAGCGUAACCGUGGCGCUAAAAAGAGCUAUGUAAUCGACUCGAGUCCUGAUGAUGAAGAUGAGGAAGAGGAAGAAGAGGUAGAAGUUGAAGAUGACGAUGACGAUGACGAUGACGACGAUGAGGACGAGGAGGACGCGAGAGCAGAGGACGACGAUGAUAUGGAAGAGCUUGGCGACGAAGAUGCCGAAGGCGAGGAUGAGAUGGACGUUGAUGCAGAAGGUGAAGAUGACACUGACGUGGCGCCCAAAACGGCUGGACGCCCCUCAGCAAAGAACUCAAGAUCUACCAAGCCCAGGCCUACGGUGAAGGUCACCACAUCCAGGGCUAAUCGGGAUGAUGACGAAGAUGAGGAAGAAGAUGACGAGCUUAGUGACCCUGCCGAUAGCGACAUCGGCGACGACACCAUCGUUUAUGGCGAUCGGACAAUGGGAGAUGACGAAGAUGCUGAGGGAGAAGAAAUCGAGGUUGCUGGCGAUGAGGAUGACAUUGAAGAAGAGGAGGAGGAGGAGGAGGAGGAAGAAGAAGAGGAUGAUGAGAUGACUAUGGCGCCAGGAGCAAACGGCGAUUCAGAUCUCGAUAGUGAGGAGGGUAGCCGAGCGGAGACACCAGACCUCGCGAAAAUGACCAAGCGACAGAGGGCUCGGUUCGAGGAUAUACCACAAGAGUUUAUGAAAUUGCCUGAUGAGAUUCAAGUUAAGAAGGUCUUUACCGCGGAAGAACUAUCUAUGCGUCGUCAGGAGAUGGCGAGAAGGCGACGGAAUCUCAGCGAGAAGCGGAAUGAGGAAGUCAAAAUGGAGACCAUCAACAAGCUUUUGAAGAAGCAGGCCCCGAAAAUUAAUCGCAAAGCAGCUGCCGCGGCCGCGGCCGCUGACUCACAGGACCAGAAUGCGCAAAAACCCGACCCUAUCUUUAUUCGCUGGGUUAGUAAUAAGAGCGGCAGCCGAAUUGCUGUUCCCGAUGAAAUUGUUGAGGGACCGUCUGGCAUCCUAUUCGGCGACAAGAGCCAACAGCCAUCGGCUGCACCAGCAAAGCUGGUAACAGAGGUGGCUUAGAGAAUAAAGCUGGAACAAGGCUGAAACGAGGCUACAAGAGGCUUUCGUAUUCGAGCUCCUCAUCGCUAGGCAAAAACGUAAAUUGCCACAAGAAAGCAAAGCUUCGUAUGUAAUUUACGCUUUGAGGCCAAUGACACUGGGAUUUGGGUUCAUGGGCGUGGCUAGAAUUAAUAAUGAUUAGAAAAUUGGUAAUAACUGCAUGAUAAUUGAGCAUUUUCAAAGUUUGAUAUCUCGCUA